AUGCCCGAAGGUCCGUUCUUGAUCGCGCCUCCCUACGUUUCUCCUAAUUUCCGACGUUCAUUCGUGCUCACGGUUGACCGUUGUCCAGCAGGCGCAAAACAGAAGAACAAGAAGAAGAACAAGGGGGCCGCUAAGCCCAAGGAAAUAGAUGAACGCCCAGAAAGUAGUCCUAAUAAGGAAGCACACGAGACGUCGGAGGCCAUGCAACACACUAAUGUCGAAAACCCAGAUGAUGAAGUUGCCAGAAAUGAGAAUGGAAUUGAAUCAACUAUCGGCUCGACAAAGGAGGCUACGGGGGACCCGGAAUCUUCCGUCGCUCACGAUACGACUAGGCCCUUGGAGAACGCGGAUAAGUCCGCUGCUUCUGAUAUUCAGCAAUCGAACGAACGGCUCGAUGCCCUUGUGAGGGAUCGUGAUACGCUGCGCGCAGAGGUGACCGAUAUGCGGAAAUCGUUGGAGGAAAUACAAACCAAACACCAUGCAGACAUGGAAGCUCUGCAAGAGAAACUAGAUGACGCCGAGAGCAAGAAGGAGCAUGCGGAAACGCAGUUCCAGAAACUCCUGGAAAGGGUGAAUACCAUAAAGUCCCAGCUUGGUGAGCGACUCCGGGAAGACGCUGAAGAAAUUGCGCAUGCGAGAUCGAGAAUCGAAGAACUUGAAGAGCAGAAUUCGAACUUACAGGAGGAAACCCAGCACAAGUCUACUGAAUUAGAGCAACUAUCGCAAGCGAACAGCGAGAUGUCGAAGGAGCUUUCGACAUUGCGGGACCGCACAAGUCUAUCGCAACAAAACUGGCUGAAGGAGAAAGAGGAAUUGCUUGAACAGGAGAAUUACCUACAAUCGGAGUUUGAGCAGGCUAAGGAGGCCAUGCAUAACUGGGAAGUGCUGGCAAUGGAGGAGCGUUCAGUCAGAGAAAGCUUGGGGGAGAAAGUCGUAGAUCUCGAGGAACAGCUUGCUACCGUCAAGGAUGCUUACGAGAAGACUGCUGCGGAACGCGAUUCCCAUUUGGCUACUGUGGAUGGGCUGCAGCGUGCGCUACAAGAGAUCCAAACAGCACGAAAAAAGGAACUCCGUGAGCUUGUAGAAACAUCCGAUGCUCAACUGGAGGAACUGAAGCAGGCGCUUCAAGGCGCAGAGGAGAAAGCCUCAAAGGCCGACAAGGCUCUCCAGGAUGCCCAAACAGAGCUUGAGCGUGUCCGGCCGUUUGAAAAAGAGGUCAAGGAAAAGAACCUCUUGAUUGGGAAGCUCCGUCAUGAAGCAGUAACACUGAACGACCACCUGACAAAGGCCCUGCGGUUUCUCAAGAAAGGCAAGCCAGAAGACAAUGUUGACCGGCAUAUUGUCACAAACCACUUGUUGCAUUUCCUUGCUCUCGACCGAUCAGAUCCCAAAAAGUUCCAGAUCCUGCAGCUUAUUGCCGCACUCUUAGGCUGGUCUGAUGAGCAACGUGAGCAGGCAGGUCUGGCGCGUCCAGGGGCGUCUAGCACCUCUAGCAAACUGAGGGUGCCGAGCACUCCCGUCCACCGCACGCCGAGCAGCCAGACUCUGGCAACGGAAUUUCUGGAUAAUGGAAACUCCAACAAAGAGUCGCUAGCGGAGCUGUGGUCCAAUUUCUUGGAGCAGGAGUCGCAGAGUGCCGAGCAUCUACCACCAAAGCCGUGA